GUUUGCACGAGUCUUUCACCAGGAAAUAAGGGAUACGUGUGGAGAAGAAGAAAAAGAAGACGAAGAAGAAGAAUAGAAAAAAAAAGAAGAAGAAGAAAAAAGAAGAAGAAAAGAGAAAGGAGAAGAAGAUGAAGAAGAAGUAGUAAGAAGAAGAAGUAAUAAGAAGAAGAAGUAAUAAGAAGAAGAAGAAGCAGAAGAAGCAGAAGCUGUCUCGCCUCUUCCUCACAGGAUGGACAUGUCCAGCAGGCUGCUGAUGUGGCAGGAGCUGGCUGAGAGCUGUGGUCUCACUACAGUGCAGCAGGGCCUGCAGCAGGUCUGGAGACUGAUGCUGCUCUGCCUCAUCUGCAGACUGUGCUUCACACUUGGAGGUUUGUCCACUGUGAAGCAUGUAGUUUCAGUCUUGGCUGGGAUGUACAGCCUCUACCUCUUUUUUGAGUUCCAAAUGCUGUGGGUGCUGUUGCUCAGUGCACUCUGUUACCUUGCUCUGCUCCUCAGUCGAGACUCCUGCACCAGAGGCCCCUUCCUCUCGGUUGUUAUCCUCAUCUACCUCCUUAUUGGAGAGCUGCAGUUAAUUGAUAUGGUGACCUGGCAUAAGAUAAGAGGCUCUCAGAUGGUGGUGGCCAUGAAGGCCAUCUCUCUGGCCUUUGACCUGGAUAGAGGUGCAGUGAACAGCCUCCCCUCCCCAGCUGAGUUCCUGGGCUAUCUUUUCUUCGUGGGCACUGUUAUAUUUGGUCCUUGGAUCAGCUUCUCCAGUUAUAAGAAUGCUAUUGAAGGCAGAAAACUGAGCUGGAGGUGGCUACAGAGUUCAUUCCUCAGCCUCCUGAAGAGUCAGAUCUGUUUGCUGGUCUCCACUUGCAUCGGCCCUUACCUCUUCCCUUUCUUCAUACCCAUCUAUGGAAACACAGUCUCGCAGAAGUGGCUUCAUGCUUAUGAGAAUGCAGUGUCCUUCCACUUCAGCAACUACUUUGUUGGUUACCUAAGUGAAGGCACCAGCAAGCUAGCUGGAACAGGAUUCACUGAAGAAAAAGACAACACCAGAUGGUAAUGCACAGUGAGAAGUAUCAAUGCUUCACUUCCUGCGACUGCCGUUGAGUCAGUUUCGUCUUCUCAACUAAUGUUUCAGUGGCUUCCGCUCCAUGUUUUUAAAAAUGCAAUGAAACUGGGGACAUUUUCAGCCAUCCUGGUGACAUAUAUUAUGAGAAGAAAACUAAUCUCUGGUCUGAGUUUUCACCUGGGAGCAGUUCUGCUCUCUUUGGGAUUCAUCACAUAUGUUGAACAUGUUUUGAGAAAGAGGCUUGCAUCCAUCUUCAGUGCCUGUAUCCUUUCCAGGUCCUGUAAUGCCGGAUGCGCCCAUCAGCACAAGAAGGAGUAUUGGGUUGUGGCAUUGAACCUGGUUUUCAGCCUCCUGGCAAUCUUCCACCUCACGUACCUGGGAUCUAUGUUUGAUCCUGGAGUUGAUGAACAUGAGUUAGAUGAGGGUUACGCAGCCAUCCACACCAUCCAGAGGUGGUCAGAACUGAGCUGGGCGAGCCACUGGGUGGUUUUUGCCUGUUGGGUCUUCUACCGUUUAAUACAGUGAUACACUGACGGAUGGAACAGAUGACGAGGCGGGCAGACACCAAGUACUUCACAUUAUGAUGGGGUUUGUGUGAGUGAAUGUCAUGAUGUUAUCGAUGGGAAUGAAGGGGGUCUGCUGGAAAGAACUUGUUGGACAGAAAGGUGACUGCAUCUGUACUCAGGUGGUUCUCACAAAUGAAUGAUACAAAAGAAAUAAACCUUUUCAGACCUGCAUGUAGUUGUGACCAAUGCAAUGACCAAGUAGAGUGGAAAUGUAGCACAUGCCUGCAGUAAACUGUAUGAGCCCUGUGCAUACUGGGCUAAAGAAUAAUUUUAGGACAUAUUGAAAUGAACUGCAGACAAGUCGUAGUCCACUAACUUGAAUUCAUUUAAAUAAGAAGGAAAAACACUUCAUGUAAGAGCAAGUAAACUCAGUAUUUGAUUCAAACAUUAGACAGCUAUUUGGACUUUGCUUUUUGCAUUGUUACAGUUGGAAUGUUGGUGUUUGACAAUGUUCAUGUCCAGAAAUAUUUCAGCAUGUCUCAAGUAUACAUAUAUGCCCUGUUUAUAUAUAUAUAUCUUUUUUUAACUAGUGUUAUUUUUUUCUAUUAAAUAUUUCAUUUG